AUGAUCGCGUCGGACCUUCUGCGGAAGCCGGAGACUGGCCAUGUUGCGCCACUCUCUGGUUCCAAAGAGCUCCUUGAGUACGAGAAGAUCUUAAAUAUCCGGGACCAGAUUUUCUCUGGAAAUCAUCCUAGGUUGAAGGUCCCUCAACAUGUUAUCCGCAAUUUCACUCCUCGAUCAGUUCAAAGCCCCUCAAUCCCUUCUACUCCCUCCGGUCCACACGAGACGACUGUGUCCAUACAUCCAAAGGAAACCCAUUUUUCUUCCAGCUCUCACAAAUCUUCUGCAGCUAAUGACUCCCCAGUGGAGGUGACCACGAUGCCUGGAAGCAGUGCUCCGUACCCUAGUAAUAUUGUACCUGCAACUGCUACAGUGAAACCGGCAUCAGAAAUUGAUCCUAUCUUUUUGACCAAAUCUGAUGACCUGAUCAGGGCUGAGAUACAGCUACAGCGACAGAGGAUUGAGCGAGCUUUACGUGAUCAGGUGGAACAAAAAAGGAUCAAUUCUAAAAGAAAACCACUUCCUCAAGAACUCAAUCCUGAUUUCGAUGUUGCAGAGAUUUUUGCAAAAAUUAUGGAAAAUGUUAAGCCUAUUUCACAGAUUAACACACAGAAGGCUAAUGGGAAUGUCGCAGCCAGUGAUUCCUUUGAUGAGAAUUCUUUCUAUUCGAGUAAAGCUCCGGAUUCACCCCCCGCCGAGCCAGCGGCAGUAUCGCCUCAUACCGGACGACAGCCCCAGCCGAUGCUCAUUGACGAUGCUGAUGCUGAUAAUGAUGUAGCUCGCCAGGCAGAAGGAAAUCGAUACUUGGAUGAUAGGGGCCGGAACUUUGUAUAUUCAGAAUCGCACCCAUCAUCGUUUGAAGAAAUUAUUGAGAAAACCACCACUGCAAGGACAACGGAUAUUCCACUGGUGCUGCCUGAUCUAUUGGAGCCUCGUGAGGAACGGCAGUCAUUUGAUGAACCAGAAUACUCACCACCCGGCCCCAACAUUGUGAGUAGCCGGCGGGAAAGCGGAAGUAAUAUACCAGUUUCAGAUCGCACCAAUACCGCACCCAACCAUCAUAGAGCGUCCCGACCUGAACAGGAACCCCAGCGUCAACAGUAUCCGACCCCGGAUGUAAGAGUGGUCAGAAACCAUAUCACAUCUCCCGCUGCGCCCCAACCAUCGAGGGUAUCCCCUCUUGCAGUUUCAAAGGCCCCCGGUUUAACUCGGCAGAAUCGUCGCCAAAGGAGAGCAGAAAGACGAUUAGCUGCCCAGCCUGCAGACCGUACAAGCCCUGAGGGUCCAACCCAGCCUUUGGUUUCUCGGAAACGUCGACGUGAGCAUGAAAAGGAAGAACGAAGGCCAGCGGUAUCGCCAGAGCCUUAUAUAAAACCAGAGCCCGUAUCCCCACCCCCCUUCAUCGAGGUGGCCGCACCGGCUUAUGUCAGGCCUCGAAUUCCACAACCUGGUAGUAAUUAUGUUGAGAUUGACUCGCCUCAAUAUUCAGCCCUUGGUGAUCGACGUGAGAGUGGCGCUGGUCGUGCCGGAUAUUAUGAUGUUCCCACGUAUGAUACGGAAGUUUCUGCAAAUAUCAAUACCCCUCGUUCAGCCUCAAGACUGGCUUACAAGAGGCCAGUCAUGGACGAACGGGAUCUUCGCCGAGUCGCAACUAUGCAACAUGCACGGCAAUCCGAAAUUGUUCGCGACUAUCAUGAACCGGCCGUUUCACCACGUUAUCUGCGAGCUGCGUCUUAUGCCGUUACAGAUAGGCCUAUUCAAACAGAAAAACCAAGAUAUUAUGAUGAAAUUGCGCCAUAUCCCAAAUCAUUCGCCACGGGAGUUAGACCGGCGUCUCCUCGUAUCCAUGAUGAAUAUAUUGAGGCGCUUUCAGACUCUCGUUCUAUGGGGCCACCCCCUCCGCAGCGUAGAAUUGUGAUUGACGCUGAUGGAAACCGGUAUUAUGAAGCCGUUGCGCCUUCGUCAAGAAUUGUUCCUGCUUCUGCACGUGUGACACAUGCUGAGCCAUAUGAUGAAGGACCUGCUGUCCGCACAGCGCCCUCUCGAGCAGUUUCUGUGCUGGAGAAUCCCUACCCAGGAAGAAGGUACGUCCAGGAAAUGCCUCCUCCACCCAUCACCUAUCGACGCAUUCCAGAGUAUCCUCGGAUUGCACCCGGAGAUCACGCCAUGUAUGAUAGAGAACUAGAUGAACGAACCCGUGUUCCUAGAGGGUCCAGCGUCCAGCUCAUCGACUAUCCCCAUCGACAGCCGACAUAUGUUGAGGAGCCUGUUUACCCAAGAGAAGAGCUGGUAAGGAUGUCAAGCGUACGACCUUCCGGCACCCGCUUUGAAGAUCCUGUGGAACCACCCAUGCGUAUGCAGAGUGUCAGACCGGUACGACGUGAAGUAAGUGUGUAUAUUGAGGAUGAACCUCAUACUUCCCGUGAAUAUCCUCCUGUGGACCGAGUAAGCUAUCCUGUUGCGAGGGAAAGAUAUUUUGAUAGCGACGACACUUCCAGAUUAGGUGUCGAAAAUACCCAGGGAAUGGUUCGCCGGGUUUCUCGGAGAUAUUAA